CUCAUUUGAUUAGAAUGGGAGUUAUUUUUGAUUUCAACUAGGUACCUAUUUUAUGAAAAAUCUAAAAUAAACUAAGCAUAUGAAAAUGUCAGGUUUUAAAAAUCUAAGGGAUAUAUGCAAUGAUUUCGAAGCAGAUUUGCGUCAAGUUUCCAAUGAACUUUAUUCCGCAAAACUCGGAGAAACUUUCGAAGAUGGAAUUACGAAGAAAUUGCAAGAUCUGUCGCUUUUUACAUCUAAACUGAGACUUUUGCGAGCGAAACCUAUUGCUGCGUCACCUCAAAUCGCGGAGCAAGAGAAAACAAAUGACACCACAAUAGCGAGUUAUGAAGAGACAGCUGUAUCCCAAGUGUUGGAAUGCCAAGUAGUAAAGUUUUUGGCUCAAACACAUGCGGUUAGGAGUUUAAUAACCACACAAGAUAGGAUCUUAGACCCUGAACUGGUUGACAGGAAAGAAAGAAUAAUAGAAGCUAUGGACAACUACAAAACCCAAGAGUGCAGGCUCCGUCAACUGUCCUCUCUACUCAGGGAGCGACAAGACCGACUGGCUGUGGUUCAGAAGCAGUGGGAGAGUGAGCUCGGAGACAUGAGGCAGCGCAGGGGGGCUGCCAAGGGAGACGGAGAGGCGGCGUCACCAGUGGACAGAAAACUAAGCACGAUAGUGGAGAGGCUGGAGAUAAUGUGUUGGCUGCUGGGCCGCCUGGUGACGGCGCGCGCCGGCGGCUAUGACUGGCUAGCCGACCCGCACGGGCGGCUCGCGGCCUUGAAAUUAGCUAGACAAGUCAACACAGUGGCUAAUUUUAUUGAAUAA